ACGCGCCAAAAAUGUUUAAGGAAAUUCUUAUGACAUGGACUACCGACUUGAAAACUAUUCAAAAAGCAAGAAAUAUUCCAAAGUUAAUUACCAACUUUGCGAGAGACCUAAUUGAGUUCAAUGGUACUGGAGAGUUUGAAAAAAUACGGCGCGCUUGCGAACAGAAUUUCCAGGCCCACUUACUUGCAACCCUUUCAAGUGGGUCAGUGACGAAAAGCGAAAUGGCACAAGGUUACAUGAAACAAGCGAAUGAAAUCUUGACCGGUACAGCAGGAGAAAGGGUUGAGGAGGAAGACGACUUAAAUGUUCAAAACUUUGAUGCAACACCAGUAUGGUCAACUUUAAGUGCUAAAGAAAAUCAAUCAUGCAAAAAUAAUCUUAAAAGGAAACUAGAAGAUGACGAAUUACCAGGUUACGAUGGAUUAGUAUUUUUAUUUAAUGAUUCGAAUGAAGAUAAAAUUAUAGAAAACAUUGAUGAAAACACCCUUGAAGAGGAAAGAAAAUUACCACUAGCGAGUGAUAACAAAGAUUCAUCUAAAUUUAUAUUUGAUGAAAUGUUGAAUGCAUUCCAAACAUAUCAAAAUAAGAUUCCUAAAACCCGCAGAGUAUACACGUAUGUAUGGCAUCCUUUUUACGACUAUGAAAGUCUAUACGGGUGCAAAGAAAUUACAGAAAACGACUUACAGCAAUUAUCCCAAGACUUCGCUGAUCAUAUAAAAUGGAAAUGCGAACUGGUCUCAAAAGAUAUUCAGGAUUACUUCGAUAGCAGUUGCGAAAAACUUGGCAAUAGCGAUGAGAAUAAAGAUCUAAAACAUUUUGAUUCAAAUGUUCAAUUUUUGUAUGUAUUAAUU